AUGGCAAAUAUAUCUCACGAGUCAUUAAUAUUAUCUGAGUUGAACUCUUCAGAACUUAAAAGAAUUCAAUCGUGUAGUGUUUACAAAUCUUCUGAUUUUGAUAACUCGAUUGUUAUCGAUAGUUAUAAAGAGGUACCAGAUCGCUCAUUAUCUAGUUCAAGAAGGAGGUCUUCAAGCGUUCACGCGGUUUACAACGAUUCAGACGACGAAAAAGAUAACGAUACAACCUUGAGUUACAUUUACAAGAAGCUUGCGGCCUUUUUCUUUGUAUUCAACCGGUUCACCUUCUCAGAUGGAUCCAAUAUAAUUAGGAACAGUAUUUCUAACGAUAAUGAUCAGCAAAUAUCACACGAUUCGCCCUUUUUUACUAAUAAUAUUGCUCCCUUCGUCAGGUCAUUUAGUAUUCUCUACGAUUUAAGGCUGAAGGAUAAGAUUUACGACACCGUCGACUACUUAAUCAAAUACAAUCGCAGGGCCACCGACAGGAUCGUUGCAAUGUUUACUAACGUUCCUCUCAAUUUGGACAAAUUUGAUUUUUCCAAGUAUUUAUCGAACUUCGAGAUUAGUUUAUCAGAAAGCUUCGCUUUGUUCAUUGAACAGCCUGCAGAGUCAGACUCGAAUAACAUCGCCUCUAUCGACGACAUCCCAAACGAUUUAAAGUGUGAAGUUGUCAAUAAAUAUUCGAGAGAAGUCAUUUCAGAGUCAGGCCCAUACCACUGUGUUUAUGAGCACAAGGUUGACUCUAUUGGUGAAAAUUCGAUUCUCGAUGAAAUGCUUUACGGCGUACCCGUUAAGAAGGGCAAGGUUCGUUUUUUCCAAAAGAUCAAAAGCCUUACUAAAAAGGAGUCUGAUAAAUUCAAAUCAGGUUCUGACGAAUCUUUUAAUGAAUAUAUAAAACACCGUUUCGCCACUUUCAGCGAAUACUUGUCGAAGAGGAGUCACUACUCUGACGACCCCAACUCGAAUAAAUGGAAGCCGAGGACCUAUUUUAAUGUUUUCUCCAAAAGGCGUGAGGAAAGUCCGACCUACACCCUCGACGAGACUGCUCGUGAGCGUUUUGAGGAGCACAUCAGGGUUCACACACUACACUGGGACGAGGUCCAAUACGACGACAUAGAAAUUGUACUCAGGGACAACAAUGACAACUCUGUUGUCAAGUUGCCUUACAGUUGUACAAUUAUGUAA